AUGCAAAAGGAAUCCACAACAGCCAUCUACUCGAAUAUGAGUAAUUUGGGCACUCUCAAGCGACCCCUCUCUCGACAACAUCUUCAAACUCUUUGUCAAGAUGAUCCGACCUUAUUUGCUCUUCUUGCCAAUUCAUCCGCAGCGACAACUUCAUCUUCAACAGCGACAGCUAACUCUGCCAUCAAUAAUCUACAUCCUCAUCAUCAUCAUUAUGGUGAUAUCACCAAGAUUAAACGAGUCAAGUCUACUUCCCAAAUUACUCCUUUCUAUCUUUCCGAAUCGUUUUCCUUUACCAAAGUCCCUAACACUUCUCUUUCCAACAACAUGACAACUACCGCCACUUCUGUACAAACCACCACUACUACCACUCCUCAAAUCCCCAUUCCAACAUCUCAACUAUCCCUACCGCUUAAUGCUAUUUCCGAACUACCUCCGGUGUCACCUAACAAGAGUUGUCACAACAUUUUCUCAAAUACUGGUCAACCUCAACUUUCUCCUCGUCAUCAUACUGUAAUUUCACUUCCAUCAUGUAUUUCUCAGACCUGUACGAAAUCGCCUUCCUAUCAUGAUUUUAUUAUGAACAAUAAGAUUAUGGACAUGUCUUCAGAACCAACACUGGAGACAGUCUUUAGCAGAAUCCGAUAUAAUAAGCAACUCCGAAGACUGGUUUUGAAUUUUGAAGGUCUUCAUGUGUGUAGACGAGAACACAUUCGUUGUGUGCGUGACGGUAUUGAGGGUGUUAUUCUUGCAUACCAUCCGAAUGAGCCUGUCAAGGUACAAUGCAUUGUAAAUUAUGACAAUUAUAUUGUUGAUGACCAUCUCAUGGACGAAUAUACUGAAAAUGUAGUCGUUUAUUUACAAAAAUAUUAUGAAAGUAUUGAACGGUUUACCACAAACAAUUUUCUUCAAGAGCAAGUUAGAAAACUUGAGACAGCUCUAACAAGAUACCGAAAGUCCUCCAUUAUUUCUCCAAAAGUUAAUAUUGGAAAGCGUAUGGUUGGAUCCAGAUAUGUGAUUCAAGACCUGCUGGGUGUGGGUACGUAUGGUCGUGUGUCAUUAGCUCAAGACAGAGAGACAGGCGAACUUGUGGCCGUCAAGGAGCUCUCCAAGCAGAAAGUCAACGCCAUUGGAAUUAUGGAUUGGGUACGAAGAGAAAUUCAAAUUAUGAAAGCUCUUGGUCGUCAUCCACACAUUUGUGCACUCUAUGACGUUAUUGAAACAGAAGAAACAAUCUAUCUCAUAUUGGAAUACAUUGAAAAAGGGGCCAUAGAAACACCCUAUGAUGAGCAUCAACAGUAUCCAGAAGAAUUGGCUCGAAAAUAUUUCAAACAAAUGGUAGACGCUCUUUAUCACAUGCACAAUGUUCACCAUAUUUGUCAUCGAGAUUUUCAACUUUCGAAUGUUUGCCUAGACAAGAAUGGAAAUGUUCGGGUAUGUGAUUUUGGAUGCUCUGACUUUUUCACCAUGAAAGAAAAGUCUCACAUACUUUUUGUUGGAAAUAGCAAUUACUGUUCUCCUGAAAUGCUCAUGAAAAAGCCAUAUUUUGGUCCAGAGAUUGAUAUCUAUAUGUUAGGAGUUUGCUUGUACAAAAUGUGCACCGGGUUUUUACCUUACCGAAAUGCUCAAGCCAAAUUGAUGAACGCCAUGACUGUUCCUUUAGAAGAAGAGGAUCAAAUGAGUGACGAAUGCAAAGACAUCAUUCAAAAAUUACUGGAGCCAGAUCCUGACAAACGAUGGACUGUUCGACAGAUCAUGGAACAUCCAUUCUAUAAAACCCAAUGA